GGCCUAUGAGACAGAGAUAAAGGCGGACGGCGCCAACUCGACUGGGAACCGGUCUGACCAGCUGAGCAAUGGUGGGUUCGGUUCGGAUUGGGUCUAAAUUCACCGCUGAAUCCAAAUUCUAACCGUAAUAUAUUUCUUCUUUUACAAGACAGGACUUUUAUAUAUACCCCAAAAACCCUAGAAAUUCUCCGGCAGAGGAAACGCGAUCGGACAGGUGAAGUUGAGGGAUUUCGGACCACUGACAAUGGUGGGUGCGAACGUGAAAGGGGAAACGAUGAAGCUGAUGGAGAAGAGGAGCGCGAUCGAGUCGGAGAUGAACGGCAUCAUCUACCGUCUCACCCAGCCCGGCGGCCCUGGACUUUCCGGCAACCUCGUCGACUCGGAGGGUUUUCCACGGACUGAUAUAGACAUUCCAGUGGUUAGAGCAGACCGGCAUCGUCUGGCAGAGCUGCGAAACGAUCACAAGGAGAUUACUAAAAAGAUAGAGGCAAGCAUAGAAAUUCUGCAUUCAGCAAGGCUUGCACCUAAAUCUUCUAGCCCUGGAGACUCAGGUAACAAUGAGACAUCAAGCAGUCUAAACGCAUCAAGCGACAACGCAGCUGCAUCUGCAGCCAUGGAUGUGGAUCCCUUCAUCAACAUACCAUUUGCAGUGAUCGAUGAGAUAGCUGAUGCAUCCCCAACUGCUGAAGAUGGUCUACAGCUCGGAGAUCAGAUUGUUAAAUUCGGCGAUGUCCAGUAUCAAGCUGGUGAGAAUCUUCUGCAGAAGCUGGCUUCCGAGGCACAGGCCAACCAAGAUAAAGCAGUAUCCGUGUUCGUACUAAGGCAAGGCUCCCCGAUCAACUUGACCGUGACUCCAAGAGCAUGGGAAGGCAGAGGCUUGUUGGGGUGCAGUUUCAGGGUGUUGUAAGCCGUAACUAUUCAAAGUAUCACUGGCAUUCGAACUUCGAGAGUCUUAAGUCUUUACUGUCGAUCUGGUCAAAGUAUUGCACUGUAGUCUUCCCCUUUUAAUGUGGUGAAUCUGCAUGAACUUGUUAUCCUUCUUCUUCAGCUUAACAAAUUGAUGAUUGAUGAUGAGGUAUAUGGUCCUUUUAUCCCCGGGUGAAGAACUUCCAUAAUGUCACUUUCCCAACUGUUACUUUUCCUGUUUCUUAUCCUUUCCCAAUUGCUGACAGGGAACUAUAGGAAUAGGGUUCUAGGUUGCUCUAAAUGAAGCGACACUUGCUUGAAAGAAUGUUCCAAGCAAUUGACUUUUGGGGGUCUAUGAAAUCGACUGAGAAUGAAAGGAAUCAUUGGCUUGAGCUAAGAGUGAUAGGCUUGUUGUUGUUAAUGAAGAUCCUCGUGAAAUUUGAGUUUUAGCUUGAGUACUUCAACUAAUGGAUUAC